AUGGUGCACAUACUGGUCAGAAAGGUCGAGGCCACCAACAUGUUCUUCUCCUCCUGGGUCUUAGUAUUCUUGGUGGUAGGACUCAUCAUAGAAGAAUGAGCUGAACUGAAGUUGGGACCCCAAAACCCUACGAUAAGCCACAAUCCAUGGAUAUGUUGUACUUCCCUGUGGCCAUCGGAUGGCCUGGAAGUGGUCAGGAACAUUCUGAUUGUGGUGUUCGGCCUUUCUUUCAUGCAUAACUUGUUCCUGGGUUUUGAAUUCACCUAUAUGAUUCCUCAAACCAAAUAUACUCUCAUUAUGACUGCCUGCUUCGCUUUCCUCACAGGCAUCCUUCUGCUCAGUGCACUCCUACUGUAUCACCACAUGCUAACUCAAGGUGAAUCCGUGUAUUAUUCGAGUUACAAGGUCUCCUGGAUCAUUUUCACUGCGUACUUAAACAUUUUAUUGUUAUUCACCUCUGGAUUCCUCUCUCUCUUACAGUACAAGCAGUCCAUCAAUGGUUCUGGCAGCCUGAUCACCAUCCGCAAAUCUGCCAGAGAAAGUCAAGUUAUGGAGCAACAUGGGGUUUCUAUCAAAGUUGUCUCAUUACGCGGUACUGCAAUGCCUCAUAGUAUUGUCCGGGUACACUCUGCCCACGUGAAAGAAGAUUCUCCAAAAAGAUCACACGUCCAAGCACAUCGUGUAACCUAGGCUCUAUGA